AUGGUUCUUAUGCGCUUUGCCUGGCUUGCAGGCUUAAUUGCGUCUGCUAUUGCUGCGACUCCUGACCAGUGGCGCUCGCAGUCAAUCUACUUCCUCCUCACCGAUCGCUUUGCUCAUACUGAUGGCUCGACUACUGCGAAAUGUGAUUCUAGCAUGGGAAGAUACUGCGGUGGUACCUGGCAAGGAAUUAUCAAAAAGCUGGACUAUAUUCAAGGAAUGGGCUUCACAGCCAUCUGGAUCACCCCCGUGACUGCCCAGUUGACCGAGGUUACCCCAUACGGCGAUCCCUAUCACGGUUACUGGCAGCAGGAUAUCUAUGGUCUCAACUCACACUACGGCACAGCGGAUGAUCUGAAGGAACUUGCAUCGGAACUGCACAAACGCGGCAUGUACUUGAUGGUCGACGUGGUUGCCAAUCACAUGGGCUACGACGGUUCAAGCACCGAAAUCAACUAUGCCGAGUUCAAUCCUUUCAAUAACAAGAAGUAUUUCCACCCCUAUUGCAAAGUCGACAACUACAACGAUCAAUCCAACGUUCAGAAUUGCUGGCUCGGUGACACCACUGUCUCUCUGGCAGAUCUGAAGACAGAGCGCAAUGAUGUCAAGCAAAUGUGGUACGACUGGGUUGGAUCUCUGGUUUCCAACUACUCGAUUGAUGGUCUCCGCAUUGACACCGUGAGACAUGUCCAGAAAGACUUUUGGCCUGAUUACAACAAAGCCGCUGGUGUCUACUGUGUAGGUGAAGUUUUCGAUGGCGAUGUCGAUUACACGUGCCCAUACCAGGAAGUUUUGGAUGGCGUCCUGAACUACCCAAUUUACUUCCCCCUUCUCAAGGCAUUCAGCUCCGUGAAGGGAAACAUCAAAAAUCUCUAUAACAUGAUCAACACGGUGAAGUCGAAAUGCGCGGACUCGACACUCUUGGGAACAUUCGUUGAAAACCACGACAACCCUCGCUUUGCCUCUUAUACCGAUGAUAUGUCCCUUGCGAAGAACGCUGCCACCUUUACCAUCAUGGCAGACGGAAUCCCAAUCAUCUACGCCGGACAGGAGCAGCACUACAAGGGAGGCAGCGAUCCCAACAACCGCGAAGCUACAUGGCUGUCUGGGUACAACACAGAUAGCCCAUUGUAUAAGCUGAUUGGCAAGGCGAACGCUGUCCGCAACCAGGCCAUCUUCGCAAGUGACAGGUACUUGACUUACAAGAACUACCCUAUCUACCAAGACGACAGCACUAUUGCCAUGCGCAAGGGCUUUGACAACUCACAGACAAUCACGGUUCUGUCGAACCUCGGCUCUGGUGGAAACUCGUACUCGCUUUCUCUGCCUAACACGGGAUACAAGGCCGGUACUAAGCUGACCGAGGUCAUUACGUGCUCUACCGUUACAGUUGACGCCAAUGGAAAGGUACCUGUGUCCAUGGCGGGUGGAGAGCCGAGAAUUUUCUAUCCCACUUCUUUGAUCGGGCCCAAUUUGUGCUCCUAG